AUCUCUGACUGGUUUAAAACAAAGGACUGGGGUUGAUGUUGCCAAUGUUGAUGCUUCCUCUGUUAGGUGUAACCUGUGGGGUGCGACACGUUCUCCUGCAUUCUCAAUGGACGGUGAUUUUGUUAUAGGUGCUGUGUUCUCUAUUCACUAUCAUAUGUACACAGAGAUUUAUAAUUAUGUCACCAUGCCUGACCCACCAAAGUGCACGGGAAGCAUAAAUGCUCGUAAUCUGCGCUUUGCUUAUACAAUGAUCUUUGCCAUUGAGGAGAUUAACAACAGCACAGAGCUGCUGCCUGACAUCAAUCUUGGUUAUCAGAUCCAUGACUCAUGCGCUGCAGUGCCUGUGGCCGUGCAAUCUGCUUUUCAGCUGUCAAACGGGGGGGACAAUGUCUACUAUAAAGACAAUAAUUGCUCCCAGUCUGGCAUGAUGGCGGGUGUUGUUGCUGAGUCUGGAUCCACACCAUCAAUUGCGAUUUCGCGGGUCAUCGGAUCCUUUGACAUUCCACAAGUCAGCCACAUUGCCACUUGUGCUUGUCUGUCUGAUAAGAAGCAGUAUCCAAAUUUCUUCAGAACGGUUCCCAGUGAUGCUUUUCAGGCUGUAGUGCUGGCCAAGCUGGUGAAACAUUUUGGCUGGACGUGGAUAGGCGCUAUCUGCUCUGAUUCAGACUAUGGCAAUAAUGGGAUGGCCUCUUUUCUUCAAGCAGCUGAAAAGGAAGGGAUAUGCGUGGAAUUUUCCGAAGCUUUUCAUCGGACUCAGCCUCAUAAAAUCCAGAAGGUGGCUGAUUUUAUUCGCAGGUCAACAGCUAAAGUUAUUGUUUCCUUCACUGCCACUGGAGAAAUGAAAGUCUUGUUUGAAGAACUUGCCACAAAACCUUCACCAUCUCGUCAAUGGAUAGGCAGUGAGGCUUGGAUUACAGACCCAAAUUUGCUAAGGUUUACGUUCUGUGAAGGGGCCAUUGGAUAUGCUAUUCCAAAAUCUGACAUCCCAGGUUUGAGAGAUUUUAUGCUGGAUCUCUCUCCAACAGAAGUGGCAUCCUCCCCAGUGCUGACUGAGUUUUGGGAGGAGACAUUCAAAUGCACACUGAGAAAAGAUGCUGCUGCAGAGCUACAUGUCUGCAAUGGAAGUGAAGACCUACAAAAGGUUCCAAAUGAUUUUGUCCAAUCAUCUCCACUGAGAAUGAGUACCUUGGUUUACAAGGCUGUUUAUGCUAUAGCACAUGCUAUUCACAUUGUUGUGUGUACAGAAAGAAAUUUCACAAAGAACUGUGACAAACAAUUGAUGAUGGAAUCCAAGCAGGUUUUAGCUGCACUAAAAAAAGUUAAUUUUACCCAUAAUGGAUAUUCUGUGUCUUUUGAUGCUAAUGGAGAUACUGUGGCUGUUUACGAGCUGGUUAACUGGCAGAAGGAUGAGAGUGGAAAUAUUGAGGUGCUAACUGUAGGAUACUAUGAUGCAUCCCUUCCAAAAAAUAAAGAAUUCCACAUGAACAGAAAUAUAACCUGGAUGGAUGGUAAACAAGAAGUGCCAAAGUCAGUGUGUACUGACAGUUGUCCGGCAGGAACACACAGAGUGUUGCAGAAAGGCAAACCCAUCUGUUGCUAUGAUUGCAUACCAUGUCCUGAGGGAGAGAUCAGCAACACUACAGAUUCCUUAGAUUGUUUCCUGUGCCCUAUAGAAUUCUGGCCAAAUGCAGUAAAGGACUCAUGUCAUCCAAAACCAGUCGAGUUUCUUUCCAUUAAUGAGACUCUUGCAAUCAUCCUUGCUGUCUUUUCUGUUGGUGGAGCAUGUCUGGCCAUCUUAACAGCAGCAGUUUUUUUCCAUCACAGAACAACCCCAAUAGUACGGGCCAAUAACUCAGAGCUGAGCUUCCUGCUGCUCUUCUCCUUGACUCUGUGUUUUUUAUGUUCCUUGACUUUCAUCGGGGCUCCCACUGAGUGGUCUUGUAAGCUGCGCCACGCAGCUUUUGGCAUCACCUUUGUUCUUUGUAUCUCCUGUGUGCUUGGAAAAACCAUAGUGGUCUUGAUGGCCUUUAAAGCUACACUGCCAGGUAGCAAUAUCACAAAAUGGUUUGGUCCUCCACAACAAAGACUGACUGUAAUGUUCUUUACUUUUGUUCAAAUAUUAAUCUGCACCGUUUGGCUCGUAGUGAGGCCUCCAUUUCCAAUGAAAAAUUUCUCCACAUAUAAAGAAAAGAUCAUCCUGGAGUGUGCUUUGGGUUCUGCCAUUGGGUUCUGGGCUGUGUUGGGGUACAUCGGACUUCUGGCUGUGUUCUGCUUUGUGUUAGCAGUGCUGGCUCGGAAACUGCCAGACAAUUUUAAUGAAGCCAAGUUUAUAACGUUUAGCAUGUUGAUUUUCUGUGCAGUCUGGCUCACCUUCAUACCAGCUUAUGUCAGCUCUCCUGGAAAAUUCACAGUAGCUGUGGAGAUAUUUGCUAUUCUGGCCUCAAGUUUUGGAUUAAUAAUGUGUUUAUUUGCUCCAAAGUGCUUUAUCAUACUGUGUCAGCCUGAGAAGAACACAAAAAAAUAUGUAAUGAAUAAAAAAUAG